GUGGCCUGACACAGCGGACCAAUGGGGCGCCGCCGCUGCGGGCGGGAGCCCGCCCCGCCCCAGCAUCCGGAGACGCGGGCAGUUCGCGUGGUCUCUGCUCCUGCCACUUCCCCCGCUGUCGCCUCAGCACCAUGGACGCCGCCAAGCAAGUGGUUAACUUUGGGCCCGGGCCUGCCAAGCUGCCGCACUCGGUGUUGUUAGAGAUACAGAAACAGCUACUGGACUACAAAGGACUUGGCAUCAGUGUGCUUGAAAUGAGUCACAGGUCAUCAGAUUUUGCCAAGAUUAUUAACAACACGGAGAAUCUUGUGAGGGAAUUGCUGGAUGUUCCCAACAACUACAAGGUGAUCUUUGUGCAAGGAGGUGGGUCUGGCCAGUUCAGUGCUGUCCCCUUAAACCUGAUUGGCCUGAAAGCUGGAAGGUGUGCCGACUAUGUGGUGACUGGAGCUUGGUCAGCCAAGGCUGCAGAAGAAGCCAAGAAGUUUGGGACUGUGAAUGUCGUCCACCCGAAGCUUGGAAGUUACACAAAAAUUCCAGACCCAAGUACCUGGAACCUCAACCCAGACGCCUCCUAUGUGUACUUCUGUGCAAACGAGACUGUGCAUGGAGUGGAGUUUGACUUCAUACCUGACGUCAAGGGAGCAGUGCUGGUCUGUGACAUGUCCUCAAACUUCUUAUCAAGGCCAGUGGACGUUUCCAAGUUUGGUGUGAUUUUUGCUGGUGCUCAAAAGAACGUUGGCUCUGCCGGGGUGACAGUGGUGAUCGUCCGUGAUGACCUGCUGGGGUUCGCCCUCAGAGAGUGCCCUUCAGUCCUUGAAUACAAAGUGCAGGCUGGGAACAACUCUUUGUAUAACACACCUCCAUGUUUCAGCAUCUACGUCAUGGGCAUGGUCCUGGAAUGGAUCAAGAACAAUGGUGGAGCCGCAGCCAUGGAGAAGCUCAGCUCCAUCAAAUCCCAAAUGAUUUAUGAGAUCAUUGAUAAUUCGCAAGGAUUUUAUGUAUGUCCAGUGGAGCGCCAGAGUAGAAGCAGGAUGAAUAUUCCAUUUCGCAUUGGCAAUGCCAAGGGAGACGAGGCUUUAGAAAAGCGAUUUCUUGAUAAGGCGGUGGAACUCAACAUGAUCUCCUUGAAGGGACACAGGUCAGUGGGAGGCAUCCGUGCCUCUCUGUAUAAUGCUGUCACAACUGAAGAUGUGGAGAAGCUGGCUGCCUUCAUGAAGAACUUUUUGGAGAUGCAUCAGCUGUGAACAUGACUAGCUACACUCUGCCUGUGAGCAACAUGCAGAGUCCAGAGUAACUUGGGAUUGAUUGGCUACAGAAACUUAACAGACCUGGAUUUUUUUCCCCAAAUACGUGCUUAUUACAGAUUCUUCUUCCAAGAGUAACAACUAAACAUCCGGGGCUCUGCAGAACUGAUGAGACUACCAGCUAACGGCCGCCUUCAUUCUGACUUGACCUGGAGGCAGCGUCAAAGCUUUCCUGUUGCUGUCCUAACAAAGUCAGCCUGGCAUCUCUGCUGCUCCUGUCUCUAGGUGGAUUGCAGUCCUUGCCUUGGACUUUGUUCUGACAGUUCUGAUUAGUUAUUUUUGGGUUCACAGGAGCAUACCACAAGGAGGUUGGGGGCGCUAUGUGCUGGAUCUGACAGCAGGGGUUGCUGGGUUCUGUAGCUGUUGGUUAAAGUCAACAGUGACUCUUUGGAGCUUUUUGGAUCUCAAUACUGCUAUUCUCAUAAAGAGAUAAAAGUGACAUACUAUAGGAGUUCUUAUAUAGUGAAUGUGUGUUUUUAACACCGUACGCUUUGUAUCUAUGCCUUUAUAUUUCUAAUGAAACAGUUCUGAAGAUGCUUUUAGAGUUUGUUCAACUUUGUGCAUGACUGCCCUCUGCUAUGGACAGUUGCACCCUCUCACCUACUCCUUUUUAAAGCUGCUUUAUAAGAAAGACCUAGAAGUUCCCCAAUUUCACUUUUCCUAUCCUUACCACAAGUAGAAGAAAUGGUUGGUUCUUUGCUUUUCGAUUAGGCUGUUAAACAAAAACUCAGUUACCCUUUCACCUCUGUGAACUGUGUUCACAUGGCUGUUUUUAUGGUUUGACCAGGGCAAUACUACACAUUCCAGAUCUUUGCCGAGGUCUUUCCCCAUUGUUCAUGUGUUGUUAGUGUUUUCUGUUGACUGUGUGAAGAAUAUUAAAGUCCUAAAGCAACUAAA